AUGGACAGGGAACAGGAUGAUGUGGGGCUACAUAUGGAGGAUCCCACCCAAAGAUGUAAGACCUCAACCCUCUUCCCCCGUUCAGGGCUGAAGGAAGGUGAGAGCCUGAGGGCUUUCCACGCAAGCGUGUAUGGAGAAGACAGCGUGGAUUCAGGGAACCACACAUGGGUGUCAGAGUUUGUCUUUCUGGGGUUCUCACAGACUCAGGAGCUCCAGCUCUUCUUGUUUCUGGUGUUUCUGUUUGUCUACACCACCACUGUCAUGGGAAACCUCCUCAUCAUGGUCAUGGUGACUGCUGAUUCCAGGCUCCACACACCCAUGUAUUUCCUGCUGAGAAACCUGGCUGUCUUAGAUCUCUGUUUCUCCUCAGUCACUGCCCCAAAGAUGCUGGCGGACUUCCUCACUGAGAAGAAGACCAUCACCUACCGGGGCUGCAUGGCCCAGAUCUUCUUCUUCCACCUCUUGGGAGGCGGGACUGUCUUCUUCCUCUCAGUGAUGGCCUAUGACCGCUACAUAGCCAUCUCCCGGCCCCUCCAUUAUAUCACCAUCAUGAAUACUCGAAUGUGUGUGGGGCUGGUGGUGGCUACCUGGAUAGGCGGCUUUGUCCACUCCAUUGUCCAACUUGUUUUGAUGCUUCCAUUGCCUUUUUGUGGCCCUAACAUCUUGGAUAACUUUUACUGUGACAUUCCACAAGUGCUGAGACUGGCCUGCACAGACACCUCCUUCCUGGAGUUCCUUAUGAUCUCCAACAGUGGGAUGCUGGUCUUCAUCUGGUUCCUCCUUGUUCUGAUCUCUUACACUGUCAUCCUGGUGAUGCUGAGGUCCCACUCUGGGCAGGCGAGGAGGAAGGCAGCUUCCACCUGCACCACCCAUAUCAUUGUUGUUUCUAUGAUUUUUAUUCCCAGUAUCUAUAUCUAUGCCCGACCCUUCACUUCCUUCCCCAUGGACAAAGCUGUGUCUAUCAGCUACACCGUCUUGACCCCUAUGCUCAACCCCAUCAUCUACGCACUGAGGAAUCAGGAGAUGCAGGCAACCAUGAAGAGAUUAGGCAAACGCCUAGUGAUUUCCAGCGGGAAGUGA